AUGGCGGAAGUGGAGCAAAAGAAAAGGCGGACCUUCCGCAGGUUCACCUACCUCGGCGUGGAUCUCGUGGAUCUCGAUCAACUGCUUGACAUGUCUGACGAGCAGCCGAUGCAGCUGUACAGUGCCUGGCGGUGGCGGCAGCUGAACUGGGGUCUGCAAAGGAAGCAGCACUCGCUGCUGAAGCGCCUGCGCAAGGCCAAGAAGGAGGCUCCGCCCAUAGGGAAGCCCGAGGUGAUUAAGACACACCUGCAGGACAUGAUCAUCCUGCCGGAGAUGAUCGGCAGCAUGGUGGGCGUGUACCACGGCAACACCUUCAACCAGGUGGAAAUCAAGCCCAAGAUGAUGGGCCACUACCUGGGUGAGUUCCCCAUCACCUACAAGCCAGGGGAGCACGGCAGACCUGGCAUCGGAGCCACCCACUCCUCCCGCUUCAUCCCUCUCAAGUAG